AUGGAAACCUCCAAAAACAACAAAUUUCACCUUAAAUUCAUCCUACUGUAUAUCUUUUUGCUAUUUUCACCUCUAGUUGUUAACUCAUACAUCCCUGAUUACAAUAUAGCAAUCAAUUGUGGGAACUCAGAAAACACUAUUGCACACAAUCGAACUUGGGUUGGUGAUGAUAAUGAUAACUCUAACAUCUUUUCCUUCAUUGAACCAAAAUCCACUAACCCUUCUCUUACACUACAACCUAAUUCCCUUGUAAAUGCCCAAACUCCAUUUUCAAGCGCACGUAUCUCUCUCUCAAAUUUCACAUACUCAUUUUCUAGCAUCACUACUUCCCCGGUUUUUAUUCGCCUUCAUUUUUACGCAACUUCCUACAACCAUAGCUUUGAUCCUUCUAAUGCAAUUUUCUCUGUUAUAGUAAACAAUAACCUUACCCUUCUUGAAAACUUCAACCCUUCACUUUGGCAUCAUGAAGACGACGACGAAAAAAUCACCAAAGAAUAUUGCAUACAAAUCCAACCAAAUGAGAAGCUAAACAUAACUUUCAUUCCCAACAAGGGAAACACAUCAAAUCUUUAUUAUGCUUUCGUUAAUGGAAUCGAAGUUGUGUCCAUGCCUUCUUUUCUCUAUUACACUAAUCUAGAUGACUCAAACUACCGUUUCAAGUUUCUUGACUUCGACCAGGAAUACCAAAUUCUUAAAGAUAUAGCUUUGGAGACGGUUUAUAGAGUCAACGUUGGUGGUACUCAAGUUGCAGCAAAUGAUGAUGAUACAGGUAUGUUUCGUAAUUGGGACAGUGAUUUAUCUCGUUACUUGGAGAAACGAUAUCCACAAAGUGAAUUUUCUGUUUUUGGUAAUCCUCUCAACUAUCUACACAAUACGAUUCCAAAUUAUACUGCACCGGAAAAUGUAUACAGAACUGCAAGAAGUUAUGGAAUGGAUGCCACAGAAGAUUAUAAUGUAACAUGGAAUUUUGAAGUUGAUUCUGGUUUUACUUAUAUGGUAAGGUUACAUUUUUGUGAGAUUGAUUAUAAGAUCAAGAAUAAAGAGGAUAGAAUUUUUCAGAUAUUUAUAGAUGAUAUUAUGGCUGAAAAAGCUGCUGAUGCGAUUGGAUGGAGUGGUGCUCCUUUGAUUCCAGUUCAUAAGGACUAUGCUGUCAUUAUGAACUCUCAACAAAUUGAAAGAGUCAAUCUAUCAGUCAAGCUUCAACGAGUACCACUAACUAUCAACACAAAAUACCGUGAUGUCUUGCUGAAUGGAAUUGAGAUUUUUAAAGUAAGUGAUACAAGUUACAAUCUUGCAGGAUUGAAUCCCAAAUAUUUAACUCCAAAAGAACAAGAAUCACCAAAUCAGCCACCAAAGUCAAAGAAGUCACACAUAGUCAUGAUUGUUGUAGUUGGAGUUUCGUGUCUCUUGCUAGCAUUAGCUGUUGUGGGAACAAUAGUUUUUGUUAGAAGGAGAAGAACAUUUGAGACUCCUCUUGAAAUGGAAGAAAGUUCAUGGAAAAUACGAAAAGAAAGUUCCUCAACUUUACCAUCACAUUUGUGCCGCUAUUUUACAAUAGCAGAGAUAAGAGCGGCUACAAACAACUUUGAAGAUAUUUUUAUCAUCGGAGUUGGAGGGUUUGGCAAUGUGUACAAAGGUUACAUCGAUGGAGCAAUACCCGUUGCUAUAAAGCGUCUGAAAUCGGGCUCUCAGCAAGGUGAAAACGAGUUCUUGAAUGAAAUCGAGUUGCUUUCUCAACUUCGUCAUAAUCACUUGGUUUCUCUCAUUGGAUAUUGCAAUGAUGGUGUAGAGAUGAUUCUUGUUUACGAUUUCAUGCAACGCGGUACCCUUCGUGAGUAUCUCUAUGGUUCAGACAAUGAACCUCUUACUUGGAAGCAAAGACUCGAGAUUGUAUUGGGUGCUGCGAGAGGGUUGCAUUAUCUUCAUACAGGUGCGAAGCAUAACAUCAUACAUCGCGAUGUGAAGAGUACCAACAUAUUGUUAGAUGAGAAAUGGGUGGCUAAGGUUUCUGAUUUCGGACUAUCAAAAGUUGGUCCAACUGGAAUGUCGAUGACCCAUGUCAGCACUGUGGUGAAAGGUAGUCUCGGGUAUUUGGAUCCGGAGUACUACUUACGUCAAAGGUUGACUCUUAAGUCUGAUGUUUACUCUUUCGGUGUAGUGCUUCUUGAGGUGUUGUGUGCGAGACCUCCUUUAAUGCGUUCUCUUGAUAAGAAAAACGUGAGUUUGGUUGUUCGUUUUCAAAGAUGUUACAAAGAAGGUGUGAUAAUUGAAGAGAUGGUAGAUCCAUUCAUAAAGGAUUCUAUAACAGAUGAGUGUUUGAAAUCUUACUGUCAGAUGGUGUUGAGUUGUUUGCAUGAUGAUGGAAAUCAGAGGAUGUCGAUGAGUGAUGUUGUUGGGGCGUUAGAGUUUGCAUUGCAGUUGGAGAUGAGUGAGGAGGAUAGUAAGUUUGGUGGGACUCAAGAAAAGGGAAAAAGUGCGAAAAUGAUACAAUAUCCAAAGUUUGCGAGUGAUGAUGGCAGUGACAUGCGUUUCACGAGUAGUAGUGGUGACUAUGGGUCUCAUACCAGCAAGGUAAGUAUCAUUUCAGCCACUAGUGAAGAUCAACCUUUGUUUUCUACUGAUGUUUUUUCUGAAGUUGGGAAUCAAAGAGCACGUUAG